GCCCCUCGGCGGGCCGGGAGGGGCGCCCGAACGAGCGGGAGGCAGAGGGACCCCACUUGGGGGCCUCUGGCAGCAGCAUCCGGGGGCCCAGCGCAGAUUGGCUGCCCUGUGGAGCGCAUCCCAGUGGGGACUCCCCAGAGAACAACCCCGGGGGAGAGAAGGCUGGUUCACCGCUGUGCAGGAGCAAGAGGUGGACCCGAAUCCUCAGCCAAACCCUGCGAGGUUCCAGGACAACUAGGCUCCACAGCGCUGAACCUGUUGUGAUUUGCUAGAAACUCUUCCAGGCCUUGCGGGUUGGGUGAGAAGUUUCAGGCCCUCUCUCAACUCUUCGGCCUGCUGCCGUGGCCGUGGUGCCAUCCCUCCGCCGUGGUCAGCCCCAUGCAGUCUCCUGCCACCAUUGCCGAGGGCCUCAGUGCCCCCCUCUUUGGGGCCUACACGGUCCCCCCCUUCAAGUUCCAGCCUCGCCGGGAGACCGUGGACUGGAGGCGCAUCAGCGCCCUGGACGUGGACCGAGUGGCCCGGGAGCUGGACGUGGCCGCCCUGCAGGAGAACAUCGCCGGCGUCACCUUCUGCAACCUGGAGCGGGAAGCCUGCAGCCGCUGCGGGCAGCCCGUGGACCCGGCGCUGCUCAAGGUGCUGCGCCUGGCACAGCUCACCAUCGAGUACCUGCUGCAUUGCCAGGACUGCCUGAGUGCCAGUGUGGCCCAGCUGGAGGCGCGGCUGCAGGCCAGCCUGGGCCAGCAGGAGCGAGGCCAGCAGGAGCUGGGCCGCCAGGCCGACGAGCUCAAGGGCGUGCGGGAGGAGAGCCGGCGGCGGCGCAAGAUGAUCGGCACCCUGCAGCAGCUGCUCCUGCACACAGGCGCACACAGCUACCGCACGUGCCACCUGUGUGACAAGACCUUCAUGAAUGCUACCUUUCUUCGGGGCCACAUCCAGCGGAGGCACCAGGGCCCGGCCGAGGGCGGAAAACAGGGGAAGCAGGAGCAGCCUGUGGAGGAGGUGUUGGAAGAGCUUCGGGCCAAGCUGAAGUGGACCCAAGGGGAACUGGAAGCCCAGAGGGAGGCCGAGAGGCAGCGGCAGCUCCAGGAAGCAGAGAUUACUCGCCAGAGAGAAACAGACGCCAAGAGAGAAUUUGAUGAAUGGAAAGAGAAAGAGCGGGCCCAGCUCUAUGGAGAAAUAGACAAGCUGAAGCAUUUAUUUUGGGAUGAAUUUAAAAAUGUUGCUAAUCAUAAUUCUACACUAGCAGAGAAACUACAAGCCCUGCAGUCUCACGCUGUGACGGAGUCCAACCUUGGGUCUUUGCGAGAUGAGGAGCCUGAGGAGCAGCUGAGGCAGGCGCAGAAGCUCCAGGCCCUGAAGGAGAAGAUGGACCUUCAGAAAACAGAAUGGAAGAGAAAAAUGAAAGAACUGCAAGAGGAGCACACAGCCGAGAAGAGAGAGCUGCAGGAGGAGAACGAGAGGCUCCAGGCCUCGCUGUCUCAGGACCAGCGGAAAGCCACGGCGCAGGCGCAGCGCCAGAUCGACACCCUGCGCGGUCGGCUGCAGGAGCAGGCGCGGCUGCUCGCCGCCCAGGAGCAGACGAUCCAGACUCUGACUGCCAGGAAGGCGGAGGGGAGCCACGAGGUCCCGAAGGCUGCAGACACGGAGGAGGAGUCUUCUGAGGAAGAGCUGGACUCCGGGGAUGGACAGCGGAAGGUGCUGGCAGCUCUGAGGCAAAAUCCCACGCUGCUGAAGCAGUUCCGGCCAAUCCUGGAGGAGACGCUGGAAGAGAAGCUGGAGAGCAUGGGGGUCCAGAGAGCUGCGCAGGGCAUCUCUCUUCAGACUCUCCGACACCUGGAGUCCAUCCUGCGAGCCCAGCGGGAGCACAAGGCCCGGAGGUUUUCUGAGUUUCUGAGCCUGAGGGAAAAGCUCAUCAAGGAAGCCAACAGCCGAGUGAAGGGGAGAGAGAGGGCUGGGGGCUCCCUGCCGGAGGGCGCGCUUGCAGCCAGAAGCCCCAAGAGCUCCCUGGUCACCAGAGGGACCCAGCCCAAGGCCAGGACUCUGCACGUGGCGCCGCUGUCCCAUCCGGCAGAGCCCCCCAGGACAAGUCUUCUGAGACGCGGCAGCCAUGGUCCUGGACUGACCCCCACGUCCCCCCCUUCUACGCGCCCCAGAGCGCGGGGGCCCUCCAGCCCCCCAGCUUCCCCGGGGCCCGGGCUGAGCACACCGCCGUUCAGUUCUGAAGAUGACUCGGAGAGAGAGCGGGCGGCCCCUCCCCAGCCCCCGCGAGGCCCUUCCAGGAUGGGGCUCCGGCAGGAGGACGACUGGGACUGGUCUGACACUGACACCUCAGGGGACCCGGCCCUGGGCUCAGGAACCCUUGUGCAGUCGAUGGUGCGAAACCUUGAGAAGCAGCUGGAAGGUCCGGUGAAGAAGCCUGCUGGAGGGGUCGAUCUGUUCUUGAUGCCCAGAGCGGGACCCCAGAAAGCUGCUGCUCCAGGGAGGAAGACUCAGCUGUCUGACGAUGAGAGUGACUUGGAGAUCUCGUCCUUGGAAGAGCUGCCCCAGGACCAGAGGGAGAAGCCCAAGCCCUUGGCCCGCUCCAAGCUUCCGGGGAAGUUUGGCGCCAGUGCUUGGAGCGCCAGCUGACCCCAGGUCCCGCCUGCUGAGGGUGCCCCGGAGCCUUGCGGCCGGCCGGCUGGGAUCAGCUCAGGACCCAGCCCAGCAGGGGAGGAUGCUGGGCUUCCUGUCUCAGGAGCCGAGAGGAGAGAGAAGUGGAGCGAAGGACAGAGAGAAUGUCUCCCUUGCCGGCUGUGAGGGGCCCCGUUUAGUGGAUCAGGUGGCCCAGUGCCAUGGCUUAGAAAGACUUGGAACAGGACUUCCAGGCCAUUGUCUUCCUCUACCUCCACGUUCCCAGCAAACUGGACAUUGCCACUUGUCUCUCCUUACUGUGUGCCCGAGGGUACUCCAGAGGUGUCUUCUUUGAGGGCCUUUGGGGACAUAUGCCUUCUCACUCAAUGGUUAUCCACAGUCGUUUACUGAGCAUUGCUGUGGGCCAGGCAGAGGUGGGCAGGGCCGGAUGUCUAGGCACGACCCUGGGAGGCUGAAAGGGGUCGCCCAGUACCCCUUGGGGGGAUUGGGGGCAUCCUGGAGUCAUGACAUCCGGUAGGCCCUGCGCAAGAAGGGGAAGGAGGCACUUGGCUAUGGCUUCGGGUCUCUAAGGGACCUUGGUUGUUAUUUUAGAUAUUAUUUUCCAGAUUAGGUUAUAUAUAAACUCUGCAAUUAAA